AUAAAAAUCAUAACAAAGAGUUACGCUGUUUUCAUUUCAGCUGCUGUAUUGCACAAAUUGGCGAAUUUACAAACGUAACCUCUGGCCACGCUGUUUUCUGGUUCUAUUUUGGUGUUGUGUCAAAGAACUCGCAGGCGCGACGCCAUGGCAACGCCGUGUUAAAUAAAGCAAUCAGUCUUUUAUAUUACGGACAUUAUAUAUCACAAAAUGUUUCUAUUGGACAGAAUUUUGCCGUUUAUAUUCAGUUAUAUACGACCAUUUAUCAAAUGGUUUCUGCAUGUGUUCACUCGUCUCUCCGAGCUCCAGCGCAUAUGCUAUGGUGCAAGAGCUGGUGCGCCAAGAUGCCACCUAAUUGAGCGCUCCCUCCAACAAUCGAAGCAGCCGGAAAUAAAGACAAUGUUAAGAGAACUGGACGAGGCAGGCCCAUAUGUAACGGACAGAGAGUUGCUAUAUUUUGCUACACGUGCAGUCAGUGUUGUCGGUCGCGUAAAACACAUAAAAAGCAAUGUACAUCCCGACUUUGGUAGGCUUUUCGGUAAUUGUGUGACCACGAUUUGGGGCUAUAAACGCUUAAUGCAUCAAGUAGAACAGCUGCGUUCCGAGGCGUACGACUCCGAGAAUCUGGAGCAUGAACAGAAGCUGCUGGAGCUCUGGAAACUUCUGAUGCCCGAAACGCCGCUAGCAAGUCGCAUCUCCAAACAAUGGCAAGAAAUUGGCUUUCAGGGCGAUGAUCCAAAAACGGACUUCCGCGGCAUGGGCAUGUUGGGCCUCGAGAAUCUUUUAUAUUUUGCGCGCGCCUACAAUGAUGCCGCCAAGCACGUCCUGCUCCACUCAAUGCAUCCCACCUUGGGCUACACCUAUGCCAUUGUCGGCAUAAACCUUACUGCCUUGGCCGUCAAUCUUCUGCGUUCUGGUGCGGCCAAGACUCACUUCUACAAUCAGGUGGCGCAGCAUAAACAAAACUUUAGCACGCUCGAGGACUUCCAUAAACUAUAUUGCUAUUUGUUCUUCGAGUUCGAUCGGUUUUGGAUGGACAGCUCACCGCGCAAUAUUAUGGACUUUCGAGAAGUUUAUCAGGCCUUCGAGAUAACGAAACUGGAGGCGCUCCACAAUGAGAACACUAUCUUUAAAACGAACCUGGUCGUCGAGUCCGUCUAACUGCUCACAUUGUUGUACUUAAA